UGACAUAUGUCUCCUCAGUGAAUCUCCUUUAGUGCUUUGCUGGAGUGGUGGGGCGUGUUGGAGGUGUGUGUGUGUGUGUGUGUGUGUGUGCUGUGGUGGAGCAUGCAGAGAGCUCGGACAGUCGGGCUGAAUGUGUUUAAUAUUGUAGCUGCUCCCCUCCGGUGCUCCGCUGCACCGCUGUGAGUUAUUGUGUGGAGAAGUUGUGGAUUCUACUUACUGGACGUUCUACUUUCAAACAUAGACCUUCAGUCUGUUGAGUAAGAAGCUGCCGGGGGCCAGGGUCGUCUUCAGGUUGAUGGGAUGAGGGGGCUCGGGGGCCUUGCUGUUGGGCUCCUGUUGGCGUUCUUAUCUGCUGCCUUUGGUGUUCACAUUCCUCCACAGUUGGAGCAGCUGCCAGUAAUCACAGUCCAUCCUCCAGCCUCUCUCAUCACCUUACCAUUUGAUGAUAGUUUCACUCUGACCUGUGAAGCCAAAGGCAACCCUAAACCAGAGUUUCACUGGACUAGGAAUGGACAGGACUUUAAUUUAGAUGAUGACUCCAGGCUGAUACAACAUGAGGACAGUGGGACGUUUAUUAUACCAAAAAUCAGAGACCUUGUGAAAUAUCAGGGCACGUACAGAUGCUACGCCUCCAACAAACUGGGAACAGCAGUAUCAGAGGAAACGGUUUUCAUUGUGCCUGCUUCACCAAAGUUUCCAAACGAAAAAAUCGAGCCUAAGGUGGUGAAUGAGGGGGAUUCAGUGAUUCUGGAAUGUAAUCCCCCUAAAGGAAUUCCACCUGUGCAGCUCUACUGGAUGACUACUGGUCUUCAGCACAUUGAGCAGGAUAACAGAGUGUCCAUGAGCCUUAAUGGAAACCUCUACUUCUCAAACACCAUGAGCAAAGACAGCCGCAGUGACUACUGCUGUUUCGCCUCCUUCGGUAGAAUCCGCACCAUCGUGCAGAAAAACGCCAUGGCUAUCGACGUCAAGCCCUUAAACUUCAGCAGUAAGGAAUAUGUUGAUUUGAAGAAGAAACCAAAUCUUCUGGUGCCCUCUGAUAAUCAGUCUCAAGUACACAUAGUGAAAGGAGAGGAGCUGGAGCUGGAGUGUAUUGCAGAGGGGUUCCCCACGCCAGCGAUCGAAUGGAGCAAGCCUGGAGAGAAGUUACCAAAACGCUCCAAUAUUAAGAACUAUGGGAAGCUGCUGACUAUAUCUAAAGUCAGUGAAGAGGACAGUGGGAAGUACAUGUGUAAAGCCAGUAACGGACUGGGUGAAGCUCUCCACUACUUCCACGUUCAUGUAGAAGAACCUCCUCGCUGGGUCAAAGAGCCGGUGAAGAGUCAGGUGGUGACGAUUGGAUCUGAUGUUCACAUCAAAUGUCACGCUGCAGGCAAGCCACAGCCCACCGUAAAAUGGAUGAGGAACGGCAAACCUUUCCACGAUCACUCCUCAUCACACAGCACAGUGCAGGGUGACACCAUAAUGCUUCUCCGGGCCCUGCCGAAUGACAGUGCAGUGUACCAGUGUGAAGCCUCCAACCCACACGGCACCUUGUUGGGCACUGCUAAUGUCAUGGUCAUGAAUCAUCCUCCUUUGAUUCUGACGAAAGAUUAUCAGGAGUACGCCACUGUCCGAGGGAAGAACGUCACGAUGGACUGCAAAGUCUUUAGCUCUCCGUUAGCUGCGGUUGAAUGGAGAAGGGAAGACCCAGAGGGAUCGGUGAAAAAAGAGAGAUUCUCUAUCCAUGAAAACGGCUCGCUUCAGAUUCACCCAGCCGAGGCAGAAGACAUGGGGAAAUAUGUGUGUUUUGCUACAAACUCAGAGGGUAGCUCAAGUAUCAGCGCAGAACUUUUUAUAAAAGAUCCGACCAGAAUUGUGGCCCCUCCUCAAGACAUGAAGGUCAAAAGAGGGUCUACAGCAAGGCUGGAGUGCCGGGCUGAGUUUGACCAGUCACUCAGUGAAGAUUUUGAUGUUUUUUGGCAGAAAGAAGGGGAAGAUAUAUACUCUAACUUCACUGAGGAUUCAGGAUUCCACAUUAAUGGGGGGCUGCUGCAAAUCUUCAAUGUAAGCCACAACGAUAAAGGACUGUACACGUGUAUCGCCAGAACAUCUCUUGAUGAAGAUACAGCAACUGCACGGGUAACUGUUCUAGAUGUUCCUGACGCUCCAGUGAAUUUGACGUUGUUGGAUCACAGAGAUCGUAGUGUGAGGCUUCACUGGAUGCCCACCAGGGACCAUAACAGCCCUGUAACAGAAUACAUCAUCGAGUAUGAGGAGAACCACUGGGAGCCGGGGAAGUGGAGGCCACUUCUACGAGUAUCUGGCAACCAGAACUCCGCGCCGCUGUCGCUAUACGGCCACAUUAACUACCAGUUCAGAGUCACCGCUGUCAACGCCAUCGGUACUGGACGUCCCAGCAAACCCUCGAAGAGAUAUAAAACUCCUUCUGCUGCUCCUGAUAGAAGUCCUGACAAUAUAAAGAUUGAGGGUCAUUUACCUCAGCAGAUGGACAUCACUUGGGAGCCUCUGCUGCCAGUAGAACACAAUGGACCAGGUCUGGAGUAUAAGCUGAGCUACAGGCAGCUGGGGGUUGAGGAGACCUGGACAGAGCAGAUUGUGCAGAGACACUCGUUUGUUGUGAAAAACACCCCGACAUUCGUUCCUUAUGAGGUGAAAAUCCAGGCCCACAAUGAGCAGGGCUGGGCACCGGAGCCACGAGUGGUGACGGGAUAUUCUGGGGAAGACUUUGUUUUUUGGCUUUGCCUGGAGGAUAAUGCAACAGUGCCGUUGGCAGCUCCUGAGGAUGUGUCUGUGGAGGUGUUGAACUCCACGCUGCUCAGGGUCAGCUGGUCCCCCGUCCCCCAGGCCCUCCUGAGGGGCCAUCUCGGCGGCUACAGCGUGCACUGGUGGAGAACACGGAGCUUGUUGACCUCUAAGGAAGUUCCUGCUGAGAAGCAGUUUCUCACUCUCUCAGGGAACAGGAGUCACACCAUGGUUCCUGGACUAAAGCCUUCCUCCGAAUAUCGUCUCACAGUCAACGUCUUCAACAGGAGGGGCAAUGGCCCCAGCAGCAGCCCGCUCACCUUCACAACACCGCAGGGAGUUCCUGAAAGACCUCCUGUACUAAAAGCCACAAACUCUCAGGGUGACUCCAUCACUCUGGUGUGGGCUCCACCACUUGAGGCCAAUGGCGUCCUCACGGGCUACAUGCUGCAGUACCAGAUAUUCAAUGAAACACUGGAUGUGGAUGAAGCGAACACAGUUAACAUCAGUGGACGAGACACGACACAGUGGGUUCUACAUAACCUGGAGUCUAACAGCCAAUACAAGUUCUAUCUGAGUGCUUGCACUGUGGUGGGCUGUGGACCAGCCAUCAGUGAAGAAGGAGGCACUGAGCGCUUUGAACAUUCAUCACUCGAAGAGUCUACAUCAUCUUCAUCAUCAUUUAUCAUGCUUACAGAGAACACUGACUUCUCUACAUCGCCGCUCGCGACUUCCCAUGCGAUCAGGCAGCCUUUCUCUUUCACUUCAUCCCGUACUGUCAUUGCUACUGACAUUCCCGCCAUUUCCACCAUAGCACUCUUCAACAUAAGCACCACAGUUAGCACCAGCUUUGCAAAAAUCAGCUGGGCAGCACGAGGAAGACAGUCAGAUUCAGAAAUCUAUGUGGCAGUUAUGGAUCACCGUGAUGGUAUCUGGAGGAUUUCUGAAGCUGUAAACACAUCUAAAUCUUUCCAUAUCAUUGAGGGACUGGAGCCAGAGACUGUGUACACAGUUCGACUGCUGGCGACCCACUGGGCUGAUAACUCUAGUCUAUUUGAGGAGAUUUUCCAGACCAAGGGAAAAGGUGUCAUUGGGAGAGUUUCGUCCACAGGCUGGUUCGUGGGCUUGAUGUGCGCCGUGGCCUUGCUCACUCUGGCGGUUCUGAUCGCAUGCUUCGUGAAGAGGAACAAAGGCGGAAAGUAUGCAGUAAAAGAAAAGGAAGCAGUUCGUUCAGAUCUGGAGGCUCACUGUGGUCAUGAAGAGACUUCCUGUGAAUAUAGUGACAGUGACGAGAAGCCUCUUAAGCGCAGCCAGCACUCGCGAGAGGGAGACAUCAAAGGGGGCGGCGACAGCAGCACGGACAGCUCGGACGACUACGAGGACGAAGACUGCGAGUUCAACGAGGACGGGUCAUUCAUCGGUGAAUACGCCGGCCAUAAACGGAAGCUGUCCGCAGAGGUGAACGGACACACCGUGAUGACGGCUUGAGGAGCCCGGUUUCCUCGCCGCCACUUUUGGACUGUUUAAUAUGUUGGAGUGAAUGUCUGUGAGCUUGAGUGUAAUAUAAGAUGACUGUGGCUGUGUAUUAAGAGUAUAUGUGUGUGUGUGUGUGUGUGUGUGUGUGUGUGUGUGUGUGUGUGUGUGUGUGUGUGCAGAUGGGUCAUUAUUUACAGUGUAAACUGUGAGGACCGGGCUAGCAAGCCUAAUAUUUCCCAGCCGAGUAGUAAAACUACUCCUAUAAUGAAAAAAAAAAAAGAAAGAAAAAGAAAAACGACACUGUUAUAAAUAAAGGGGUCUAAAUGGUUUUUGGAGGGAUGCCAUACAAGAAGCACUUUUAAGUUCCUGAAAAUCUUUUCAGAGGAAGUUUUUUUUAAAUGAUUAGUCAAUUUUUUUUUUAAUUUGUUUUAGUUUAAGCUAUAUCUGCUGUCUAUAUCUAAAUCUGACCAUAGUACAAAAAUGUGUAGUUCGUAAUGCAAGCAAAGUGAACGGAAACAUUCAACAUAUUUUUUUGUACAGCAGUUUUUACUCAAACAACCCUGCCAAAAAAUCCAGUUUAGAACUGGCCUUUGCUGGUAGCUAAGAUGUUUCACAGAGUCUGAGCUGGCCUUUAUUGGUCAGGGUGUUUAAAAAGCAUAAAAAAACAAACAUACCAUAUACUGAUAAACCAGCUUGUGAAAAGCAUAUUGCAUAUUUGCAUUUCAUUUUGGCCAUGCUUUAUUAAACUGUAAAAAUAAAAAAGAUAAGAAAAGUACUUUUUCUUAAAGACAACUUUAAA